UCUGUUUACAUUAUACAUUUUCACUGCUAUGCAGAUGACACCCAGCUCUAUCUAUCUGUGACGUCAGAUAACACACACCAAUUAGUUAAACUGCAGGAAUGUUUUAAAGAUAUAAGAGCAAAUCCAGCCUCCCGCGGCCUCCACGCCUCCAACUUUUCUGGAACCAAGGUCUUAUUUCACCUGAACCUGAGAGACAUCACCUCAGAAUUACAAUAAUUACAACAUUAUUCAAGGAACACUGAAGUGGUCAGUCAGACGUCAGUCUGUUUGCAUCUGUAAUAACAUUUAAAUAAAUCAUCUUCACAUUAAAUGACUCGUAGCAUCUUUUACAAAGUCUCUGAUAGACGUGGGAGGAGGAGCGAGGAUGACAUUUACAUCAGAUGAAGAGUUUUGACUGUGUCACAGCUGAACAGACGUCUCAUCGUGUCGGAGCAGCUGCAGAUGAGAUUCAUGAGGACGUCUUCACAGUUUUUCAGCUCUCAGUCAUGAAGAGGUGUGGACUGAUCCUGCUGCUGCUCUCAGGUUACGUGAUGGUCUGCCAUCUUCAGUCUGAUCAGUUAGUCAGACAGCUCCACCUGGUUGACCUGCAGAAGUCCUGGAACGAUGCUCAGCAAUACUGCAGAGAUGAGUACAUCGACCUCGCCAUCGUUAACAGCUCAGCUCUCAUCCAGGAAGCCCAGAAAAGGGCGGGGAGCACAGAGGCGUGGAUUGGACUCUUCAAGAGCGACUGGAAAUGGUCUCAAACUGGUCCAGUUCAGUCAUCCUGGUUAAAUUUCUGGUUCCCGGGACAGCCAGGGACUGAUGAGUGUGUUACGAUAACUGGAUUUGGAUCAUGGUCCACAAGACCGUGCUCAGCUACUUAUCCCUUUGUCUGCUAUGACGCUGCGAAUAACAGUCACAUCCUGGUGACAAACUCAAUGACCUGGUCUGAUGCUCAGUCUUACUGCAGACAGACGUACACGGACCUGAGCACCAUCACCGACUGGUCGGACAACAGCCAGAUAGCUUUUAUGUUGCCAACUACUGUUGAUGCCUGGAUUGGACUGUACAGAAACUGGAUGUGGUCCAACUCGAGCACAGCCUCCAACCUGCCGUGGGGGCCCGGGCAGCCUGAUAACAGCGUAAACUGUGCCACAAUAGUCGGAUCAAUGGGCUCCUUCAACAGUCAUAACUGUGGUGACCAACGCCCCUUCCUCUGCUCCAGAGAUGUCAAACCUUCAGCCUCGAGGUCAGUGAAGGUUCAGCUGAGGGCGGGAUCUGCAGACCUGAACGACCCCACAGUGCAAGAAUCCAUCCUGCAGCAGGUGAGGGAGAAGCUGGUGGAGCAAGGGAUCAGAGAGGAGGUGAAGCUGAGGUGGAGGACGCAGCCUGAUGGGAAGAUUUUCCACAGAGAGGAGGAGACAGCCGGUGACAGUGAGGAGGAAGACUGUGGGACGGUUAUGACUGACAGUUGA